GUAACAAUUCAUCAUUAAUCAAGAUGUCCUCAGCACCUGAGCCCCCAAACAUUAAAAAAGAAGCACCCAAAGAGAGAGACGGUCGAAUUCCAGGACUCCGGGGUGUCCGUACAACCACCCUGUUCCGAGCUGUGAAUCCAGAGCUUUUCAUUAAACCUAACAAACCUGUUAUGGCUUUUGGACUCAUAACAAUUACCCUGUGUGUGGCCUACAUUGGUUAUUUACAUGCAACACAAGAGAAUAAAAAGGACCUCUAUGAAGCUGUUGACAGUGAAGGAGCCAGGUAUAUGAGGAGGAAGACUUCCAAAUGGGAUUAAAGAAGCUGCUUAAUAACAGAGAAGGAAAGAGGAGUAAUUGGCAAUGUAGGCAUCUGAAUUGUUAAUGUUAAAUUAGGUGUCUGCUAACUUUUCUAUGCAAUUCCUGGAAUGAUGUUUGUAAGAUUUAAUCUAAUUUCUAUUCCAUUUUACAAUGCCAUGCCUGUACCUAUAAACUUUACAGAAGACAUACAAAGUAAUAAAGUGUUACAGUUGUCUGAGCUGAUGAUUACAGUGUGUAGAUAACAGAAAUAAUUAAGCGUGAGCUGGAGACUCUAGUGAUAAGUGACUUUAGAAAUUUCUGUGAUAGUUUGUCAUCUUUUUAUGGUCUGCUUUGGCAAAAAGGAAAGCAGUUUUAAAAUUUGAGGCACAUUGUCUGUGGGAAGUACUAGUUCGAGCUGCAAAAACUGCAUUUUUAAUAUUGCAACUAAAGAUAUUUUUUAAAAAGACAGAACAUCUAACAAUUUUUUAAAAAAUCCAGAACUCUGUAAAUGCUGACCUGAAAUGACCAUUCAAAAUGCUAAUUUACUCUUUUAUAUAAAUCCUUUGUUAAGACAUCCUUUUCUGUCCAUUUGAGUGACUGGUUUUAUUUCUAAAUUAGUUUUAAAAACUACAUG